AUGUCUGAACCGUCCGAUAUUCAGGCCAUCAUAACCGGUUUCAUCGACGCAGUUCGACCUCAGUACAUUCUCGUAGUCGCCACUGCACCAUUCUGCGGCUGUCUGUUGACGCUACUAGUCAUUCUGUUCGCCUUCUCGACGCCUGAGUCACGGAGCUUUCUGGUCUUCAAGUUGAAUGUCAUCGCCAUUCUGGUCGCACUCGUGACAAGUAUCUUAAAUAGCUACCUAAACAUGCUAGGAUUCUUAGAACCUUUCGCACCCGAUAUCGCCCUCAGUACAUGUUUCACAUUUGCGCUCUUUGCCCUUGGCUCUCCCUUAUUCUAUGAUUCGAUUCUCCUCCUGCGCGUCCUGGCAUUCUAUCCCAUCCGCUCGACGCCACUGCUUAUGUUGGCAAAAGUAUUAACCGUCCCUAUACUUGUCAAAUGCGGGCGACUUGUGUGUUUGGAAUUUACGGAUGUGUCAACGCAGACCCAGUCGUUGUUCCUUCAUGACUACUACGUCGAGUUUGCGACGUACGGCCCUGUUACCGAUUGGUUUCGGAAUCCGUAUGUCACGAGCGAAUGGGGGUUGCAAGUCAUCGAUAAUAUAUACUCGUGUGGUUUCUUCCUGUACAAGCUGUAUAUCCAUGACUCCAAGAUAUCCAAGUUUAGAUCAGGCUCCAACAUGAUCCAUCUGAUCCGGAACGUCUUCCUCGUCUCCUGUGCCAACUUUGUCUUCCCCGUCAUCUUCAACAUUGCCCAAAUGAUUUGUAUCACAACAAAUCGUUCAUACUCCACCACUACAGUCCUGCUACUCGGCAACGGGUACGCCAUCCCCCCAUAUCAGCUCCGCAGCCAUUGGGAAUUGGGCUGGGGGAGCCGUGAUGAUGCAAUUGCGAAUCAGGCUGUUCUUGGGUUACUAUCACAUCAUGUGGGCCUUGACUCUGCUCACCAGGAGCCAUUGAACUGA